AAUAACAUUAAAAAUGAUAAUCACAAAGGUAAAGAGAAGAUGUCUGAACAAGAAUAUCAAUCUCCUUCAAAAGAUUCAUUAACAGAAACAAUUUCAGAAUUAAAAGAAGUGAUUUGUAGCAAGAAUAAAACUAUUGAAAAAUACAUCUUAAGAUCAGAUAAUCAAGAACAUGAAAUAGCACGUUUGAAAUGUUUGUACGCCGAAAAAGUUGGAAGAUUAAAUUUGGAAUUAAGCAAAGAGCAAAAAACCAGCGAAACAUUUGUUAAUAAAGUUAACAGGUUUAUAGAAAUUAUUAGAGCACAGAUGAAAGAAAAUGAAGAUUUAAAGAACCUUAGGGAAAAAGAUCAACGUGAAAAGAUUUCAAUUCAGGCAGAUCUAAAAGUUCAAGGAGUUGAUUUAUUUUCCAGGGCUUGGCAUAAAGAUAGAUUUCAUGCAUUAAUGAAUUUAUUGACAAAUGAAAUCAUAAAUUUAACAGACGAGUAUAAUCAAAAUGAAUCUGUUGCUGCUGAUACUACUACAGUAACAGUCACUGCUACUGUGGAAUCUGUUGCUACCACUGAUAGUAAUAUUAGUGGGGAAGAUAAUCAAAUUGCAAAUAAUGGCGGUGGUGACGAUGAUCAUGAUAUUAACAAUGAUUCCAACACUAAUAUUAAUAUCAAUUAUAAGGAGGAAAACGAGAAAUUGUUAACUGAAAUUGCAAAUCUUCGUGGAGAAAUUGAUUUAUUGAAACAUGAUAGUCAACAAAGGAAAGAUGACAGUACUAUGAUAAAUAUGUUGAAUGUUUGCCUUGGAAAUUCGAAUAAAAAUAUUAAUGGAUUAAUAAAAGACUUGAGUGCUGCUAAAAAAGAGACACAUCAUAUGAUUUCACAACUAAAUAUUGUAAAAAAUCAAAAUAUUAUAUUAGAAUCAGAUUGUGCAAAAUUAAAACAAGAAAAACUUCAAUCGGAAGCAAGUAGAAAAAUGUUAAUUAGUGAAAAUAAUAAAUUCAAGGAUGAUAACGAUCGAUUAAAUCACGAUAUCAAAAUAUUACAAAAUUAUAAAAAUACAUCAGAUUUUAAUCUUGAACUUUUAGAUAAUAUUAAUGAUGAAUUAACGAAAAGUAAUAUUCAAUUGGAUUCUCAGUGUAGUAUUUAUGAAUGUAUGAUCGAAAGGCUUGAGGAUAUAAGUAACCACCAAACAUAUGAAAUAAGAAAAUUAAAAGAAGAGAUUGAUAACCACAAAUGUUGUAAAGAGAAGAUGUCUGAACAAGAAUAUCAAUCUCCUUCAAAAGAUUCAUUAACAGAAACAAUUUCAGAAUUAAAAGAAGUGAUUUGUAGCAAGAAUAAAACUAUUGAAAAAUACAUCUUAAGAUCAGAUAAUCAAGAACAUGAAAUAGCACGUUUGAAAUGUUUGUACGCCGAAAAAAUAUCAAAGGCAUCCACUGUAAGAUACCCAACAAAGCAUAACAAGACAAGUGAAUUACUGAUAGCAUCACAACUUCUCAAUGUUUCAUAA